GUAUAUUUUAGUUGAAAAUAUAUUAAUCUUGUCUACAAGAUCUUAAAAAUAUCUUCCGACAAAAAUCUCUCCCAAUAAUUCAAGUGUCUGGUAGUUAAUUUGUAGGUGAGAAAAAUUCGAUGCAGAAUGAAACUUUCAAGUAAGAUUAGUUGAAAUCUAUUCUAAAUGAUGAAACUUUGGCCGAAAGCGGGCUCACAGAUUCAACGAGGAGUUCAUGAAAAAUCUAGUCUGGAAGUUUGAGUUCAGUGGUUUUGUUUCUGAUUCUUGACAGGUUCUUGGCAUUAGAAGACUCCUUUUCUUUGAGCCACAAAAAUGAUUUCUGUAUGCCCCUUUGCAAGAACAGCUAAAAAAAAUGCUGAAAACUUGGUAGAAAAGAUCCACCAAGUACAGAAAAAAGAUAAAAACAUUCAUUCUGACCAGGCUACGGGAGUGGAGGAGGAUAACUCAAAUGAAGGCAAAACUCCAAAAUGUCCCUUUGGAUAUGAUUCACAAUCAAUUAAAAUAGGACCAUUUAGCUGUGUAAUUUGCCAAGCUUUAUUGUAUGAGAGCAGCAAAUGUGUACCAUGUGGCCAUAAAUAUUGCAAAGUAUGCAUUUUGCACUUCAAGGAUUGUCCUCUGUGUGGAGCAGACAUUAAUAAAGUUGAGCCUGAUCCCGAUCUUCAAGCACUUGUUGAUCAGUUCAUUGAAGGUCAUGCUAGAAUCAAGAGAGCAAAAUCCCAUUUAGAUGAUACAAAGGAAAUAGAAGAUAAUGAACAGUAUAAUCCUGUAAUCUAUGAGGAUGUUUCUUUGGAAAGAGGCAGCUUUCUAGUGCAGCAAGCUAUGAGAGCAUUUCAAGCCCAAAAUUUCGAAAGUGCCAAAUCAAGGCUAACUUUAUGUGCAGAGGAUAUUCGUGAGCAACUGGGAAGGAUUGAAAGUACUCCAGAAUUAUGUUCACAACUAGGGGUUAUUCUGGGCGUGCUUGGUGAUUGCUGUCAAGUCAUGGGAGAUGUUGGUGGGGCUGCCAAGUAUUACAGUGAAAGUGUCGAGAUUCUUUACAAAUUAUCUGUUGAUGAUCCAGAGGUUGUACACACUCUUUCAGUCUCUUUAAACAAAAUUGGAGAUCUUAAAUAUUAUGAAGGAGAUCUUUCAGCAGCAAAAUCACAUUACUCUCAAGCUCUUGAUAUUCGUCGAAAGGCUAUUAAUGAUAGCAAAAAGCUAUCCUCACAGGUGCUUGAUGUUGCAGUUUCUUUAGCUAAGGUUGCCGAUGUAAACAGAGGCCAAGGUAAUGAAGAAGCUGCUGUUGAGGGAUUUCAAGAAGCAGUAAAAAUCUUAGAAUGUCUCAAUCUUUCAUUACAACCUAAUGAGGAAUCAUCUUUGGAGAAAAGGCGGCGUUCAGUUUUAGGAUUUCUUCAUGGGCAGCUCAAGGAGAGUCAAGAUACUGCUCCCAUUGCAGCAACCUGAAUUUCAAGAAGAGCAAUAUGAAGCUGUGAAUGGAUGGUUCUUGGUAUCUAACUUCAGAAUAACUAUUGCAUACAUAGUUUGUACUGGAUAAUUUCCAACUUGAUUUACGUUGUCAACCACAGUUUGCCUGUUGUAUGAGCCUACUGCUGAUGUAGGCCGCACCUAGUUCUAUGUUUGCUCACACAAACUUGAAAGCAGAUUAAAUUUAGGUGUUUUUCACUCUACACAGAAAUUUCAAAAUGAUGUAUAAAUGUAAAUGCAGAGGAUCAUAGGCUUAAUGUAAAAUACUUUUAGCUGGACGUUAGAUGUAUAUGGUUCUCAUCUAUUGUAUCAAAUCUUAGCUUCAAGAAUAUCAGGCAUAUCAUUCUAUCAUUAUAUAACUA